AUCCUCCCAAGUCUUUUGAGAACCCUCCUUUUGUUGUACCCUUGUGGUCUCUUUACGACAUGCCUUUAUGCCUUUGCGAGCAAUCGUUAGGAAAACUGCCUUAUUUCUGCGGAUUUUUGUGGCAGUCUUCUAAGAAGAAAAUUUGGGAGUAAGUUAAAGGCACUAAAGCUAAUGUCAUAUUUUACCAUGAUGGCUGCAUGUGCCUGGUGAAUUUCAGGAGGUCAUUCAUGCACUACCGAUCCUCCCAAGUCUUUUGAGAACCCUCCUUUUGUUGUACCCUUGUGGUCUCUUGGGCAUAUUUUAUAAGGUGUUUAUUGGUGCUAAAAGUGUUGGCUUUAGUGUUUUCUAUGCUUAGGAAAUCGAAAACUCAGAAAGGUUUACUUCUGGUUGAGACUUUCCACCGGCCUUGGAAGGAUCCUAAGCAUGAAUCAUACCUUGUGCCAAGAGGGCAGGAAGUCAGGAACUUUUCCAGGGACAAUGCUGUAAAAUCAAGAUAGCUAUUAUCAACUCUGGGGAAUAGGAGGUUUCUGUCAACCUGGGCACCUUCAAGAACUUUUAGGACUUUUCAUCAUGUACCUCGUUUCUCGCUCCCAGGGAUCACUUGAGCAUGAGUUUAGGCCUUUCUAGUUAGUGCCAACUAGUGAAGGAUCUAGUGUUAUAUAUGUUUCCAGUGGACAUCAUACCACUUCAUGAAGCUUAACAUUGGCCAUUCUAUAGGUUUGUUGCUUAGGUAUGAGCAAUAGCCUUCAAAACUUCCUUUCCACAGAUCUGAUAUACUGUUAUAUAUUCCAUGGGGGACACACAAGAAGCUUCUAUGGAGCCAAAACUCGUUUAGGGCAACUUUUUAGCACAUUUCAGCAUGUUCUUGGAAGGUCUAUGGAUGAGGUGUAUGAUUCUCUGGCACAACGUCUUAUUCCUACUGCAGCUGUGACAUCAAACCCUAACUUAAAAUAUAUUGUCGGCUUGGCUGGUCCUCCUGGUGCUGGGAAAAGUACGGUGGCCCAUGAAGUGGUUCAGCGGAUAAACAAACUGUGGCCUCAAAAAUCACCUUCCAUGGACGAACAAGUAGGAUCACCAGAUGUUGCUAUUGUUCUCCCCAUGGAUGGAUUUCAUCUUUAUCGUAGUCAAUUAGAUGCAAUGGAGGAUCCAAAAGAGGCUCAUGCAAGAAGAGGAGCUCCAUGGACAUUUGACCCGGCAAGGUUACUUAAAUGUCUCCAGACUUUGAGGAGUCAGGGAUCGGUUUGUGUACCAUCAUUUGAUCAUGGAGUAGGAGAUCCUAUCGAGGAUGACAUCUUUGUCUCCCUCCAGCACAAAGUUGUGAUCCUAGAAGGAAAUUACUUGCUCCUAGAUGAAGGGGUUUGGAACGAUAUAUCUACUAUGUUUGACGAAAAAUGGUUCAUUGAUGUCGACCUCGAUACAGCCAUGCAACGGGUUCUGAAGCGGCAUGUUUCUAAGUCUAAGAAGCCUCUUGAUGAAGCGAAAUGGCGGAUAGAGUACAACGACCGUCCAAACGCGGAAAUGAUCAUGAAGUCGAAGAAAAAUGCAAACUUGAUUAUAAGGUCAAUUGAAAUCUCAUAAAUCUCAUUAACUAUUAAUCUCUUUGACUACACUUAGAAAAAUUGGUGUAAAUAAAACCACAGAGACAGGAAAUAGUCAGUAAAAUGACUCAAAAUGUGUUCCUUCUUGCUACAGUUUCUUCUAAAUGUAAACACUAAUUUUGACUUUUAACUUAGAAGUUGCUCCUAUAUCCUUGGAUCUCUCCAAGAACCUUCAUUUUCAUAUUUUAUGGAAAAAUUGUUGAAUUUUUAUUUUGUUA